AGAGUCCUUGACAACCUCUCUCAACCUGGACAUAGCACCAUGCCAGAAAACGCAGUAGUGACCUUGCGCUACGGACCCUACAGCGCAGUGGGCCUGUCUGUGGAGCACCACACCUACCGACUGCAGGGUCUGCAAGCCGUGUUGGCCAAAGACGGCCAUGAGAUCAUCCUGCAGGAGAUAGAAGACUGGAAUCUGGUGGAGCUCGUGGUGAACGAGGAGACAGUCUUUCAAUGUGACAUCCAAGACCUGGAGUUUGGGGGUGAUGGCCAACUAGACCCGCUGUGUGAAGAGGCCAGGAUCGCCGUGCUAGACGCCUUCUGAUCCGGGGGAGCGGACGGAACGCCAGCGAUGUCCUCCAGUCUACAGCACCAGCAAAAGAUGCUCAGUGGGCACGUAGACGCUGGGCUCUACCAGUUAGAACAAGGCAAGGCCACCUGUCCAGUAGCCUGUCGCGUUUGUGUUUCUUAUCUGGCUACAUAGGCACCCACAAAAACAAUAAAAACUCCUCCCUGGCAGCGUCUCUCAGUCUCCUCCCAUAGGGAGAGCCCUCCAAUAUCAGGUGCACUGGAUCUGAAGGAAAUAAGAAAAUGCAAUCUAAUAACAGAGCGCCAUCCCCUAAUAAAGCACCAUCGCCAGAAGCAUUAGACAUUCUAUUCUGAAUCCGCCAUGAACCAGGAACAGGUGAAAUUAAAGAGUUUCCGAGUAGGGGCGGAAUGAGGGCUCUGGACCAAACCAGUGUAAAUGUAGAAUUCAGAAACCUGACCGCCUGUAUGGGUUUAUUUCUUGCUCUUGCUGGAAUACAUUUUUAACUGCUAGAA